AGAUGAGUCAACUUACAAGAUGAAGGUUCUAUGGCUUGGGGUAGCGCACAACAUCCAAGGAGGAAACAAUGCUCAUGUAUUGUCCCCGAUUCUUCGUGGCGAUGUUGAAGUACCUACGCGUAACGAUUACGUCCGAUUGCUCUCAAUUGGUGCAAGUUUAAGAUCUCUUUACUUCGAUAAAGAUAAUGCGAUAAGUAUUCUUUGGUCGAUGAUGGCUAAUACUUCUCUUCCUUUGAAACUGCGUGCUGGAUCAUACAAUAUACUUCAGCAACAAUCGCAAACAAUGACUGAUUUCUUGCGCCUCCAUUGGUUCAUGACGGAGGAAAAAAAUGAACACCUUUACAAUUUCUAUAUCACGACUCUCAAAGGUUUUGCGCAAUCACACUGUCCAUGUUUUGCUAAAAUGCAUGAGUACUCUUCUAAAGUUUUGGAAUUAACGCCACCUCAUUCUCCAGUAUCUAAAAAUUUAACAGCUUUAUAUGUAAUCGAUACCAUGAAUGAUGAGGGUGAUGGUUUGCAGUUUAAAAUUACAGUCGUUCGCGAUGAAUAUACUGAAGUACCAGAAAUUAUCUACUUGCAGCAGUUCAUAAUGCAAAAUCAUAAAAUCACCAGCUAUUGGGCUCUCUACAUACAAUCUGACGGCAUGGAUAAUUUAUUGAAGAGCGUAAACAACGACUUUUUGAAAUUCUUCGAAGGCCCGAUCACCACAACCUUCAUUUUUGAUUUUCUCAGGAAAUUUUCAGUUGCUAUGACGUUGUCGCAAGAUUCAUUCUUAGAUAUACUAUUAUUCUACCGAGACCAAGCAGUUGUAAUUAAUUACUACGAUCAUAAAUCUUUCAGCACUUUCAAUAAUGAUAUCAAAGAACUUGUCGACCACUAUAGUUACCUCGAUUCAUACCAUGUAUUCUAUCAAAAUAUGUACGAAGAAUAUGUUGUCAGUGACUUUGGAGUACCGGUUGUAUUUGGAACGUCAUCUCCAGCUGUUAUUUCUUUAAAGAUGCAAAUUGGUUAUCAGGUAGCUAAAAAAUUUUCUGGAAUUGUUUCUGCAAAAAUGUGGCUGUUCCAUGAUUACUUUGUGGCAGUAUACAAUCCUAUUAAUGACCUCUGGCAAUCUGCUGAGAAAUUGUCAGUUGUCAAUACUGAUGUUUCGUACCAAUUUGAAUUCAAAAACAGUUCUAAACGUGAACUCUUAAAAUAUAUCGAUCCGAGACAAUGGGACAUCAAAUUCAAAGAAGCUAAUUUUGUUAUUCAAAAUCAAGGAGUAGUUUCUAUAAAGAAUAAUCGUAAUAAUCAGGUUUUGAAAAUAGAAAAUUCAAUUUACAGUGAUGAAGUUCCUUCAGCAAUUGAAAAUUUGAGUUCAAAUUCAGUUGCUUUCACAGAUAAUGGAAACGAUUAUGAAGCAGAAUUAUUCAAUUGUCAGAAUCAAUUGAGUAAUUUGACAAAUUCAGAAUACAUAAAAAUCUUACCACGCUGGGAAAAUUAUGACUCAUUCAUGUUCCCUCUAUCAUCACAAAUUGAAAAUUGCGGUAAUAUUAUCAAGAUUACACCGAGUUCAUAAAACAACUUCUAAUGUUAAUGAUUUAAUCAGUAUCAGGCUAAUUAAUCAU